GGUGGUCAGAGGGGCUGGGAGCCGGGGGAGACUACCAGGGCACGUCGGAGCGGCAGCCAGAGCCGGGGACCCGGCGGGCGGGCAGGCGGUGGCAGCGGCUCCAAGUAGGGUUCUAGAGCGAGCGGCCGACCGCGGAGCAAGAGACGCGGGCAGCCUGAGGAGGGGCAGCAGAGGCGGCGACCAGACCUGCCGGGAGAGAACCGAGGCGGCAGAGGAGAACUCAGGCUGCGGGAGGCGGCACGCCCGCGAGAAAGGGGGCCUCCCUGAAGAUAGGGAAGAAAAGAGGAGACUGAGCCCGGGGAGGAGGGCAGGGAAGCGGGCAGGCGGGCGGAGGGGGUCACUGACACGCACCCCCUCCCCGGGAGCGGUCCUCAGAGUUUCCGUGUGGCUGGGUGGUUGUCCGGAGAGCCACCUCUAAGGCGAGCAUUCCUGGAGUCACAGGGAAGCGUGAGCAUCGCUCCUGCUGGGGUAGGACCCCGGGGACCCAGUGGUCACAGAGGUGCUAGGGGUUGCCUGCACGGGAAGGAGAAAAUCUACUGUCCCCAAUGGGAAUUCCUCUGCUCUUUACCCCAUUAAGAGCGCUGAAUCGGAGAGUCCUGGGUAGAGCCUGCGCCGGCACAGGGCUCUGCUCCUUCUCCUGGAGACUCCCAGUUCCCCUUGGCCCAGAAGGAAACCUCCAUAAGUGAAGGAAAACUAAGGGGAAUUCAAAGGAUUAAAGUCCCAGCUCAGCCAGUAACUUACUGCUUGACCUUGGGCAAGCCUUUUGCCCCACCUCUUCACAAUAAGGGGCUGGAUUAGAUCGCUGAGGUUCCUCAAUUAUUUGGGUUCUUUGAGAGUGGAGAGCUGUGUCCACUGCCCCUUGUAUACUCACGGGCAUGACCUGUAGACAUAGCUCGUUGGCCUUGCUCUCUGCCCAUCCUGGUGGCUUCCAACUGACCUGGUUCCUGCUAAAAAUUGAGUUUCAUCAGACUGGGCGGGAGCCCUGGGACUUGAGAGGUAGACGGCACAAAAAACAUUUGGCUCAGUCCCUGAGACCAAGGCAGCUGAGUUUUGUACCAUAGGGAGAUAAGGAUGGAGGACUGGAUUGGAGCAGGCCCCUUCAGGUAGAGAAGGGGAGCUAAGUGGACGUUGCUCUUCUUUCCUUUCCACCUCCUUGAAGCCCCGUUACUGCAGAGCAUCCCUCCUUCCUGCAUACCUUCCCACCUGGACCCAGGCAGGUAACCUAAUGGACAUAUGCAGUCCAGGAGAAGGAAAUAUCUUUGGCUGAUACUUUCAGCCUCCUGGCUCCUCCUUGUCCUCUUAGGGGCUCCUCGGCUCCGACAGCUUGCCAUCCCUCCUGGUCUGAGACCCAGGACACUGACCAGCUGGCCCCAAUGGUUGGAUCAGGAGCUUCUGUCGAGUUUUGUGGGGCCUGAGGAGCUGACCAAAGACCUCUGCCCAACUUCCUGUAGUCCCCACCAGUGGCGGAGCCAGAGGCUUGGCUGCCUCAUGGAGACCUGCUUUGACACCUCCAGAUGCCAGGGCCAAAGCUUCAAGGUGUUUGUAUACCCCAUUGGGUUGACCCAGCCCAUCUCUGAAGUUCACCAUAAAGUCCUGGCUUCCAUUGAGGGCUCUCGCUACCACACAGUCAACCCUGAGGAGGCUUGCCUCUUUGUCCUCCCAGGGGAUGUUCUGGGCCCCCAGCUACUCCCACUCUGGAAUGGAGGGCAGAAUCAUCUCAUUUUCCAUCUCCACCCAGACUCUUGGCCUGAUCUAGGCUUUGAUCCCGGGCAGGCCAUAGUGGCCAGAGCGAUCCCCACACCAGAGACCUUCAGGCAUGGCUUUGAUGUUUCCCUCCCCCUCUUCUCCCAGAGCUACCCACAGAGGGGUGGGAAUCGAGGCCAACUGGUCCAUCUUAUUCCCCCUCCUGGAGAGGACCUGUUGGCCUUUGAGGGCCAGUUAGACAUGUGGGUCACUGGCUCUUCCAACCAACGGGACCAGAAUGCCAUCUUGAUCCCCAGUGAUCACCAUGGUGAUAUCAUCGAAAGACACAGGGACAGACUGUGUAAGCAGGACCACACCACUGAACAGUCUGAGGAUCAGAAACGCCUGCACAAUUCCACCUUCUGUUUCAUUCCCCCGAACUGCCGUCUGGUCUCCCUCCACCUCCUCCAGGCCCUGAAGGCGGGAUGUAUCCCUGUGUUACUGAGCAGGGGCUGGGAGCUCCCCUUCUCUGAGGUCAUUGACUGGGGCACCGCCGCCAUCAUCAUUGAUGAGAGACACCUGCUUCAGAUCAAGUCAGCUCUCCAAGGACUGCCCCCUGCCCGGAUCCUCGCUCUCCGCCAGCAGACCCAGUUCCUGUGGGAUGCCUACUUUUCUUCAGUGGAGAAGAUUGUCCACACCACACUGGAGAUCAUCAGAGACCGGAUCUUUAGAGCAGCCUCAAGGCCCUGGCUGCUGUGGAAUACUCCUCCUGGGGGGCUCCUGGCCCUGCCCACCUUCUCCACACAUUUGAGAGACUUCCCCUUUUACCAUCUGCAACAUGGCUCCAGUCCCUCUGGCAGAUUCAGUGCCCUGAUCUGGGUGGGGUCCCUGGACCAGCCCCCCCUGAAGCUGAUCCAGGAGGUGGCAGGCUCCCAGCAUUGUGCCCAGAUUCUGGUCCUCUGGAGUAAUGACAGUCCUCCUCCAGCUCAGGGGAAGUGGCCCCAGACUACAGUGCCCCUGACAGUCAUUGAAGGGAGGAAGAAGAAGAGCGACCGCUUCUUCCCUUACAGCACCAUUAGCACCGAUGCCGUCCUCAGCCUGGAUGCCCGCAGCAGCCUUUCAACCAGUGAGGUAGACUUUGCCUUUGUGGUGUGGCAGAGCUUCCCAGAACGCAUUGUGGGUUUCCAAACCCGGAGCCACUUUUGGGAUGAAGCCAAGGGCUCCUGGGGCUACACAGACCAGAGGCCCAAUGAGUUCUCAGUGGUCCUCACAGCUGCUGCCUUCUACCACAGGUAUUACCAUGACCUCUUCACCCACUCCCUCCCUGCCCCACUGAGGGACCUUGUGGAUGAAAUCUCGGCCUGUGAAGAUAUCUUGAUGAAUUUCCUUGUGGCUGAAGUCACCAAGCUUCCCCCCAUCAAAGUACCACAGCGAAAGCAGCUCCAGGAGGGCUCCAGAGCAGAACAGCCCGCAAAGGACUGCAUCAACAGGUUUGCCUCAUGGUUUGGCCGCAUGCCUCUGGUGCAUUCACAGCUCCGCCUGGACCCUGUACUCUUCAAGGACCAGGUGUCUGUCCUACGCAAGAAGUAUCGGCACUUGGAGAGACUUUAGGACCUGGGACAUCAUCCCCGGCUGAGCUUCCCAAACUUCCCCAAAACCCAGUGUGGUGAAAAAAGAUUCAGACCAAGUGGGGUGAACUGGGCAUUUUCUAUGUGGAGGACCAGUAGGGAACAUAGUGUGGAUGGGUCAUUGUAGUUUAAGAAUCUGGGUUUGUGGGGCAGCUAGGUGGCGCAAUGGAUGGAGCACCAGCCCUGGAUUUAGGAGAUUCUGAGUUCAAAUCUGGCAUCAGACACUUGAUACUUGCUAGCUGUGUGGCCUUGGACAAGUCACUUAACCCUCAUUGCCCUUGAAAAAAAAAAAAGAAUCUGGGUUUGUAUCCUCUUCUACUUGCUACAUGUGUGACCUGAGCAAGUCACUCAACCUCUUUGGGUCUCAGUUUCCUGGUCUGUAAAAUAAGAGGGUUGUACAGGAUGGCCUCUGAGGUCCCUCCCAGCUCUGACCAUAUGAUCCUAUUACCUAUAAGGUCUCCCUUCCAGCCCUAAUAUUCAAUGAUCUAAAACCCUGGGACCUCCAGGGUACCUCCUUAUUGCUUAGCCCAUCUCAGCUGAGCUCAUGGCUCCAGACAUCUCACCCUUGUUUGAGGUGAUUGGUAGGUGAUUCCCAAGGUCUCCUGCACUAAUCUUGGAGAAAGAGGAGUCUGAUAGCUGGCUCCCAGAGGCUGAUAUCUGGAUCAGAGUACCCAAUUCCAUUUAUACUACAGAACCCUCCCCACCACCUCCCCACUCCCCAGGUUUUGAGCUACUCGAUGGAAUACCUUCUCUACAAUCCUUCCUGGCCCCACUAGAGGGCAGCACCAGAUCACCUGUGCCUGGGCUUCUUUCCUUGUCCUGGGCUCCCUUGGGCAGCUAGAGACCCGGAGAGCCAGGGAAGGUUGUGUUUUACCCCCCUCCCCCACCAGGAGUGGGACCAGGUAAACCUGAGCUGGGAGAGGAAAGGGGGGCAGAUGUUGUCUGUUGGGGCUGGGGAGAAUUAGAAUCACCCUUCAGAAAAUCACUCCGUAUAACUUGUAUGCCAAGUUGUAACUAGCCGAAACUGCCCGAGGCAAAUGCAGGGGUGUGUGUGUUUUAUGGGGAGUGGGUAUGAUCUACAGAAGCACUGAGGACAGUCCCACUGGGGCCUCAGCCUCUCUGGGAAGUGAGCCCUGGAGGAGGGUCUCCUUGGGGAUGCUGGCUGAAAACAUUUACACCCGGCCCAUGGCCCUGCAGGACCAUGAAGCAGAUUGUGGGGACGGUGGUCACCUUGAGACAAAGUCCCAUUCGCCCUGUGGCGGUGACCACUUGGCUUCCCUGUCUACAGUUUGUAAAGCCCAUAUGGCUGAGGAAGCUGUAGGACCUUCCUAUUCCUUCUAUUACAGACUGCUUCUCCCUUAGAUCUGGGAAAGACCUUAGAGAUCAUCUCAAGCAAGGCUCUCAUCUUAAUAUAUGAGGAAACCGAGUCCAGGGAAGCGAGAGGGGUAGCAGUCAGAAGAACUGGAUUCAAAUUCCACCUCCCUGGGGCAGCUAGGUGGCGCAGUGGAUAAAGCACCGGCCCUGGAGUCAGGAGGACCCAGUUCAAAUUCGGCCUUAGACACUUGACACUUACUAGCUGUGUGACCCUGGGCAAGUCACUUAACCCUCAUUGCCCUGCAAGAAAAACAAACAAAAUCUGGCUCCAAGGCACAACCCUUUACUUCCUGGGCUUCCAUUUCCUUAUCUGUUAAUGGGGCUGGGGAGGGGAGAUGGACUCAUCUCUCUGAGGUUCCAUCCAGUUCUAAAUCCUAGCUAGGGUGCUAAGAGUAGUCCUAUAAAUUAGCAACAGAACUUGUUAUGGGGGAAAUAGUGGAAG